GUAUGAUUUCUUUUUCAUGAUUAUUUCGGAUCUAAGAUAAAUUAUACUUUUGUUCCAUACAAGUGCACUUUCAGCCUCCAUACUCUGAGGGCCGCUAUUUGACUACAUUCGUGUUGAAUCGAGCUGAUAAACAGGCACAGUCACUCCCACAAUUCCAAACAGUGAAUUUUUUUUGGUGCCUCGGUUAGAUAUGGUUACACCAGCUUCUUCUUUCUCGUUUGAAAGUGUUUUACAAUAAACAAUUUAAAAUCCUAAUAAUGUUUAGAGUAUAACAAAGAAACAUUAAUAUGGUGGAUGUACGAUUACGGAUUUCUCGGCAUCGUCGGAUGACUCCAUCGCACCUGAAAUGGCAGACUGUGCUUUUUAUUUUCUGUGUUUACGGGAUGGAAUUAGUUUUUGGUCAAGCGCGAUAUUCAAUCCCAGAGGAAACACCAGAUGGAUCAUUUGUAGGCAACAUCGCCAACGAUUUGGGAAUAGAGAUAAGUAGACUUAUUUCUGGAAAAGCUCGGGUUGUAACAAAAGGCGGUCGGCAAUAUGUCGAACUGAGCAGAGACAAAGGCACCCUCGAGGUGAAGGAGAGGAUAGACCGAGAAGAGCUCUGCAAGCAAACAACGCCCUGCAGUUUCAGCUUCGAUCUGAUCAUGGAAAACCCCAUAGAAUUGCAUCGUGUAUUUGUGGAGGUUCAAGAUAUAAAUGACAACGCACCAAAAUUCCCAAAAGGUACCGCCAGUUUACAAAUUAGCGAAAACACAGAAAUAGGGACGCAAUUCCACUUGGACAGAGCUGUAGACUUAGAUGUGGGGAUGAAUGGAAUUAAAAACUAUUCUCUUAGCCCCACCGAUCAUUUCAAGUUGAAAAUAAACAAUGAGGCAGACGGCAAUAAACAUGUAGAAUUGAUUUUGCAGCGUGCACUGGACAGAGAAGAACGCGAUCAGAUAAAAUUAGUUCUCACUGCAUAUGAUGGAGGUUCACCCAAAAAAUCAGGCGCAAUGCAAAUUCAUAUUUCUGUAUUAGAUGCGAAUGAUAAUGCUCCGGUGUGUAAACAAUCAGUAUAUAAAGCCGAAGUUAAGGAAAAUUCUCAAGCUGGUACAAUUGUGACUGCAGUAAGCGCCUCUGAUGUUGAUCAGGGAUUAAAUGGGCAGGUCUCUUAUUCAUUCGCUCAGGCUACUGAAGAAGCCAGGAGUGUUUUUAAAAUAAACUCAGAAACAGGAACUAUUACAACCGUAAACAGCUUAGAUUAUGAAAUGGAAAAAAUGUAUCAACUAAAUAUAAAGGCAAUGGAUAAAGGCGGACUGAAAGAUACAUGUAAAGUUAUUAUAGAUGUGAUUGAUGAAAAUGAUAACUCUCCGUCCAUUCAGCUUAUGUCAUUUUCAAACGUCAUUGCGGAAAAUUCUCCAAUCGGUACAACCGUUGCUGUAAUUAAUGUGGAGGAUGCAGAUUCUGGGAUAAAUGGACUCGUGCACUGUAAAAUAAAUGAAAACAUUCCGUUUAAAAUAGAAUCGUCUCUUACUGAUUACUAUGCUUUAAUUACAGAUGAAACUCUUGAUCGAGAAAAUAUUGCUGAAUAUAAUAUCACCAUUUAUGUGUCCGAUCAAGGAAGUCCUGCACGUUACAGUAACAAAACCUUAAAUGUUAAGAUUUCUGAUGUAAAUGAUAAUCCACCCGUAUUCAGUUCUGAAGAGUAUAAAGCAAUAAUAAGUGAAAACAACUCUCCUGGUGUGGCUGUGCUGAAGGUUCAAGCGCGGGAUGAUGACUGGGGCCCAAAUGCUCGUUUGUCUUAUUUAUUAGAGGAUAAAAACAUACAUGGCAACCCAGUGAGUUCUUUAGUCUCAGUGAAUUCCGAGAGCGGAGUGAUAUCGGCAGCCAAGGUCUUUGAUUAUGAGCAAAUGAAAUCGUUCAGCUUCAAUGUGACAGCGCGAGACGGAGGGUCGCCUCCUUUAAGUUCUGACGUUACAGUGACUUUAAUCGUUCAAGAUCAGAAUGACAAUGCUCCUCAGGUUCUCUACCCAGUACAGACUGGUGGCGCUGUAGUGGCUGAGAUUGUGCCUCGUUCAGCAGAUGUUGGAUAUCUGGUCACUAAAGUGGUGGCUGUUGAUGUGGACUCUGGUCAGAAUGCCUGGCUCUCCUACAAACUCCAGAAAGCCACAGACAGAGCGCUGUUUGAAGUGGGAGCACAGAAUGGAGAGAUACGAACUGUGCGUCAGGUCACUGACAAAGAUGCUGUGAAACAAAAGCUCACUGUAAUUGUGCAGGAUAAUGGACAACCAUCUCGCUCAGCUGUAGUUAACAUCAAUGUAGCUGUAGCGGACAAUUUCCCUGAAGUGCUCUCAGAGUUCACAGACUUUACACACACCAAACAAUAUAAUGAUGACCUCACCUUUUAUUUAGUUUUAGCAUUAGCUGCGGUAUCUUUCCUCUUCAUCACAACUCUAUUAGUUAUAAUAUCAGUAAAGAUCUACAGAUGGAGACAAUCGCGAAUCUUUUAUCAGUCCAAUCUCCCAGUUAUUCCAUAUUAUCCACCUGGUUACGCAGACACAGGAGUCACUGGAACUCUGCCGCACAUGUAUAAUUAUGAUGCUUGUAUGACGACUGAUUCGAGGAAGACAGAUUACAAAUAUUCUACUAUCGGAGGACAAAGUGUUUUAAUGAUGGACCCGAGUUUUACAGAAACUAUGCAGCGCGCAAUGAGAGAAAGAGUAUUACAGCAAGACCCAGAGUCACCGGAAGCGGUAAGGAACUGA